GCUGCUCUUCCACUUCCUUAUUUGCCCGUCAGUACUGUUUCCUCUUUCGUCAACUGAUAUGAGUCUUCUUCAGUGCACAGUUUCGAAAAGCCUGCUCCGUUGAUCUGCCAAAGGGGACAAACUGUACAAAUCUGCACUUUAAGCAGCAACAUGAAUGCAAUCUGUUGCUGGGAUUGAGUAGUGUUCGUUCAAAAGGGGGAUUUCUUGUGCAAGACUGCUUCAUGUUUUCUGCAUGAGCGAGAAGGAGGCGACGGUGAAAUGGUCCUGGGUGUCUCUGUGCAGUAGCGUACACGAGGUGUGUGUCUGAGUGUGUGUGAGUGUGUGUGUGUGUGUGUGUGUGUGUGUGUGUGAUGUCGGGAGACACCAGCACCCUGUCCUGGAGGAGCAUGUCUCCCACCAGCCACUCUGAUCUCUCCGAUAUGUCUCCCACGGCAACUGUCGCCACGGAAAGCAUCUUCCCGGUGAAGAUCAUCAAAGUGUGUUUUCUUAGCAACAGCUCCAACCUGGGCAAGAAUUUCAAACUGGUGCGCUGUGAGGAGGGAUGGACUGUCAAGAAUAUCAUCAGCGUGGUGCUGUCCAGCGGCUGUGUGGGUCCAGACAUAAAGCACAGCCUCUGCUACGGUCUCCUCCUCAAACACCUCAAGUCCUCAGUGGUGCACUGGCUGCACCCGGAGAUGACCGUGUCAGAGCUCACCCAGCGCUACGAGCAGCAGCACCUAGAGGCCGAGUGGAGAUACGACCUGAGGAUCAGAUAUAUCCCAUCAGACUUCAUGAAGGACUUCCAGGAUGACAGAACCACAAUGCUCUACUUUUACCAGCAGGUACGAAGUGAUUUUAUGCAACAGUACGCCUCAAAAGUUAGUGAUGGGAUGGCUCUACAGCUUGGUUGUCUGGAAAUCAGGAGAUUCUUCAAAGACAUGAAUCCAAACGGACUGGAGAAAAAGUCCAACUAUGAGCUACUGGAGAAGGAUGUUGGGCUGGACCAGUUUUUUUCUAGAGAGCUCAUCGACAGCAUGAAGUCCAAGCAGCUGCGUCGGCUCAUCCAGCAGACCUUUCAGGGCUACUCCACCCUGAAGCAGGACCAGUGCAUGGCCAAGUUCUUCAGCACGCUGGCCCAGUGCUACAGCUACACACAGGAGAGCUUCGCCUGCCAGCUCGUGCACGGCUGGAGCAUCACAAUCGACUUGGUCAUCGGCCCUGACGGCAUCAGCCAACACACUGAGAACUCAACGCCCGUCUACCUGGCCAAGUUCUCUCAGGUGCGCAGCAUCUCCUGCUCUGCUCAGAGCGACGGUCUGGCCCUGCUCACCGUGAACAUAGAAGGAGCCAACCAGCCAUUCUCAGUGAACACCUCCUCCCUGGCCGUUGCAGAAAACAUGGCCGACCUGAUCGACGGCUACUGUCGGCUGCAGGGAAGCGCCGAGAGUUCACUCAUUAUCAGGCAAAGCAAAGGCCGAGACGUUAGACAAAAACUUCCUGACAUCCCGCAACGGGGGGGCCCCAGUGGCCCCGAUAGAAGCAAAAAUUCUGAUAUUUAUGCUGAGAUUCCAGAUGGGACAGAAGACUCUGGUGAGAAGCACAGGAUCUCCAGAGGCGACGUUGUUGUGGGUCGGAUCCUGGGUGAGGGGUUCUUUGGAGAGGUUCACGAUGGAGAGUAUAAAAGCCCAACGGGGGAGAGGAUCCGCGUUGCUAUUAAAACAUGCAAAGACUGUUCAGCUGAGGUGAAGGAGAAGUUUCUCAGUGAGGCUGGCUUGAUGAAGAAUCUGGACCACCCCCACAUCGUGCGUCUCAUCGGAGUCAUCGAGGUGGAUCCUGUCUGGAUUGUCAUGGAGCUCUACGAACACGGAGAGCUGGGGAAGUAUCUCUUGGAGGAGAAGUACAUUCUGAGUACGUCGACGUUAAUCUUGUUCUCUUUACAAAUCUGCAAAGCCUUGGCCUACCUGGAGGGACUCAACAUGGUGCACAGAGACAUCGCGGUGAGGAACGUCUUGGUGGCGUCUCCUGAUUGCGUUAAACUCGGUGACUUCGGUCUGUCUCGCUACGUUGAAGAACAAGAGUAUUAUAAAGCCUCAAUUAGUCGGCUACCAAUCAAAUGGAUGGCGCCUGAAUCCAUCAACUUCAGGCGCUUCACCACGGCCAGUGAUGUCUGGAUGUUUGGUGUGUGUGUGUGGGAGAUCUUCUCGAUGGCCCAGCAGCCGUUCUUCUGGCUGGAGAACGGCCAGGUGAUCAGCCAGCUCGAGUCGGGGGUUCGACUCCAGAAACCGCAGCUCUGCCCGCCCACCAUCUACUCCCUGCUCACCCGCUGCUGGGCCUACGAGCCGCGCUCCCGGCCCACCUUCGGCCAGCUCGUCUACUCGCUCAAUGAUAUCCACAGGAUGGAGCUGGAGCAGGAGUCGGAUGAUAGGCGAGGCAGAUCACACACGAUGUCGACGAUAUUUGACGGCAACCAUGCAGAGCCUCCACCCAAACCGUCCAGAAUACAAGGCAACACCCUUCCUCGGGCCGGGCACAUACAGGCACCGCAGAAGGACAACAGGCCAGUAUGGGAGACAGAAAGAGUGGAGGACACUUUACAAAGACAGAGACGAGAGAUGCUGAUGGACAAGCAGUGGCUGGAGCAGGAGGAGCGACAGCUGGAUCCCGUCGUGCGGCUAGACACACACAUCAAGCCUCCUGAAAAAAGCCCAGAAAACGGUCCACCAGAGAAACCCCCCAUGCCUCCGACAGUCGCUAAGCCUCGACCCACAGCCGAGCUGGACCGAUCCGGUGAUCAGGUUUACACGGGCGUCAUGGCGAUGGUGAAGCAGGUGGUCCAGCUGAAGAAUGACGUCAACACGCUGCCGCCGUCUGAGUAUCCGACCGCCGUCAAGGCAGUGGGUAUCACUCUACGUACUCUGAUUCAAAGUGUCGAUGAGAUCUUGCCCUCUCUGCACAGCUCUGUCACCACAGAGAUCGAGGGCACUGAGAAACUUCUGAACAAGGAUCUAGCGGAGCUCAUCAAUAAGAUGCGACUGGCGCAGCAGAACUCGGUAACGUCGCUGAAGGAGGAGUGUCAGCGGCAGAUGCUGGCAGCUGCUCACACUCUGGCGCUCGACUCCAAAAACCUGCUGGACGCCGUGGACCAGGCUCGGGUCAGGGCCAACCUGGCCAAACCCAAACCUGACUCAGAGGACGAAUGAGGAGAAAACUCACCCUGUUGACCACAUGGAUGUAAAAGUGUCUGGUCUCUCAGGGGGUUUGUUUGUGAAGGACAUGUGGAGGUUUCUGUGGUUCAGCUGUGAUCCUGCAGGAAGCUGCUGCUGCACCAAACCAAAGACAGAUGUUAUAUUUUUGUUUGCUCCUAAAAAGGAAUCAUGUUAAGUUAAACUGAACUAAAAGCUGGAAAAACUAAGACAUUAUGUAAAAGCAAUAAUGUUUCUACUGUUUAUUCUAUAUUUUUACUAUUAAAGACAGUUAGAAGCUGCA